GAAGACGUUGCCAGAGGUCCACGUUCGCUUUCACCACCGAGGUUCUUCCGGGCCGUUGAUUCGGAUCAGCAGUACAAGGCGAAGGAAGAAAGCCCAUGGAGAUGUGCAUUUCGGCAAACGUCGGAAGGUAGCAUGACUGCCACAGCCCGUCUCCGACUGGAUGAAGCAACGCGGCUGUUCCCGGAGGCUCACCGACCGCCGCACCCGCGGAGACAGGAUGCAUGUUCAGGCAGAUCUUUGCAACCAAGGCAAGCCUUAUCUGACGAGCAUCAUCCAAAGAGGAGUUCGAAAAGACCGCAGAUGGGACUUGGUGCCCGCAAUCGGGGCGUUCUUUUGGAAGGUCCGAUGGCAAGUCCGUCUAUGUUGGCGGGCCCAGCGCAACCAUCAGCACAGACGAAUGUGCAGAAUCGAGGACCCUGCGUGGUGCGCGGUCUUCAUGCUCCUGACUCCGGUCAGGUUUCUGUGUUACCGGGAAACCUCCAUCAGGCAGCGGCUGCGACACCCUUGCAAAGCCGGGGGUGCAGCCACUCGUCCCGGACUUGUCCAGAACCGGUGACUGGUCCAUUCAGUUCAGGAGCUUGUGGUGGUCAUUUUGCCAGACCGCUCCCAGUGCCCGUGGCAUCCAAGCCUUUGGGCAAUCAACUGGCCGCAGUUCAUCUGGGAGCAAUUGCGACACGGAGGAGUGUGUCUCCGUUGUCUCCACGAGCGAGUUCCACGUGCUCGACACCCUUGCAGUACACUCCCUAUGUUCGAACUCCUGUCAGGGCCAGAUCGAUCUCUCCUGCACCGGUGAUCCCUGCAGCAAACAACGCCUCAAAUCGUAACUGGACGACGUUGCCACCGUCGCCGACUGCAUCACCAGGAACAUCCUUCCGAACUACUUUCAGCUAUACUCAACCGUCUGCUGCUUCUGUGUCAUCUCCAGUUCGAGGGUGGGAAGCCGCACGGUCACUGUCUCCAGUGGUGGCGUAUCGGUCCGUGCUACGGCCUGCGCCGACUCCAAACUAUGUGCUGGGUGCAGUGAUACAUCGAACUUCGAGUAUGCGAGCCAUGCCAGGACCCGAUCUCGGGUUUACGCAGAUGACGCCGGCUGUGGGCUCUCGCUGGGAGGCAGACGCCCGGUCGAUCGGUGCUCGUCCGAACUUGUGUCCAGAGCCUUCAGCGGGUGGCGACGGAGUUGCAGCUGUUGAGCAAGAGGAGCUGCUCGAGGAACACCAGGGUUCGGAUGAUACCGUGCAGGACAGCAACGAGGAAAACGAGGAGGCCUACAUUCUGUCGGCAUUCCGCCACAAUCAUCAAAGCACAGAUGAGCGGCAUCUGGGAGGGGAGAGCGCGGCCGCCUGGAGGAAAGCCGUGGCGGAUGCAUCUUUUGCUGCCAAGGCUGUUCUCGAUAUGGCGCCUUCAACGCAGCAAGUCGCUGAUGUUGAGGACUCUCCUCCAAGCAUGGAAAGUCUGCGGGCCACGCUGCAAGUAUUGCGCGCACGCGAUGACAGUGCACCUCCAUGUACUGCAAAGACGGUGUAUGGGCUUGGAGUUGACAAGAAAGACAUCCCGAACGACCAGUCAACUGCGGCUGCUCUCGAGACAGCAGCAAUGAACUUGGCUAAUGCGGCGGCUGAAGCAGCCACUGCUCUUGAAUACAGGCGGUAG